AUGCCCAACCUUCCACUACCCUCCAGAUCACCCUUACUAGGGCCACGCAAAGCAUUGCGCGAAACCAGCCCUUCCCCACCCACACGCACAAGUUCAGCAACCUCACUCCCGCCAGCAGCUGUCGCAGGACCAAGCAACCUCGCUUGCUCACCGCCAAAGCCCAUCGCAUCCGGCAAGGAGCUCUCAGAACAGUAUGAGCUGCUCGAAAAAAUUGGCGCUGGCUCCUUCGGUACUGUCUACAAGGCCAUGCACAAGCAGUCCCGCCAGAUCGUAGCCAUCAAGCAAGUCGACCUCGAAGACUCGGACGAUGACAUCAGCGAGAUUCAACAGGAGAUUGCUCACUUGGCGCAAUGUGAUAGCGAGUGGGUGACACGCUACUACGGCAGCUUCGUCAAGGGGUACAAGCUCUGGAUCAUUAUGGAGUACCUCGCAGGUGGAUCCUGUCUUGACUUGCUCAAAGCGGGCGCCUUCACUGAAGCACACAUUGCCAUCAUCUGUCGCGAGCUCCUUCUUGGUCUUGAGUACUUGCACAACGAGGGCAAGAUCCAUCGCGACAUCAAGGCUGCCAACGUGCUUCUUUCAGCAAGUGGCAAGGUCAAGCUCGCCGACUUUGGUGUUGCUGCACAGCUGUCCAAUAACAAGUCGAGGAGGAACACUUUCGUCGGCACACCCUUCUGGAUGGCACCAGAGGUGAUCAGGCAAGCAGGCUACGACCACAAGGCCGAUAUCUGGUCACUAGGUAUCACUGCCAUCGAAAUGGCCAAAGGUGAACCACCACUAGCCGAGUAUCAUCCCAUGCGAGUUCUCUUCCUCAUUCCCAAGGCUAAGAGUCCCACCCUGGAAGGCAACUUCUCCUCUGCAUUCAAGGACUUUGUCGACCUCUGUCUCAUCAAGGAUCCAAAGCACCGCCCCUCGACCAAGGAGCUCCUCUCGCAUCGCUUCAUCAAGUACGCCAAGAAGACCGUCUUGCUCACCGAGCUCAUCGAGAAGCAUCAGGAGUACAAAGCACGCGGCGCCACUCGAGGCGGCGCCAUUGUUCGUGACCAUCUUCGUGGCGUGGAUGCCUCCGACUCGACGAUCGGUGGCGGCAGUAUCAUGAGCGAAUGGCAGUUCGACACGAUGCGUUCGCGCAUGUCCAUCUACGAUGACCCUGAAGAUGAUCAUGGCCAACUUAACCUCUGCGCUAGGCCAGGUCGUGGUCCACCCGCCACCGGCCAAGAAAGAGCAGGCUACGAUACAGUGCGUGGCACUCGCCCCGCUGGUCACUUGAUGGGUGCCGUCGACAGUGCUAUGCACACGCCACGACGCAAUGGCACCAUCCGUGCCAACCAUGCUGUCAGAGGUGGUAAUCAGGACGACAUCUCGGACCUCUCGCCUGAGGCGUACACUAGCAGCGAUGCUCUCAGUCGAUCUUCCAGCACACCUGCCACUUCGACCGCUUCGGGUCCUACAACACCUGCAGAAAAGGGUCGCGAGUCGAUCCACGUCGAUGCUCUUGUUGCUUCAUUCCGAGGCAUGCAGCCUUCGGACGCUCCCAACGGCUAUCUUGCUGGCGGCAUUGGACGCAACGCAGCGGCUGCGUCAUCCACAUCGCACCUUGCGCCCCCUUCUGCGAGUGGCCUUGCUGAGAGCAGUCUUGACAUUGCUACUGCAGCGGCCACCAUGGCUUCAUCUCAUGCCGGUUCCACGGCCACUCAGCACAUCCGCUGCGCCCGCGACGGCAAAGCUUCGCCAAGCCACAGCAGGAAUGGCUCCGUGGCAUCAUCAUCGCGCUCCACAGAGACUCGCACACGUCGAAGCAGCUGGAACGAACGCAACAACAUCAACGGCACCGUGCUCAAGGAAGGCGAUGUUGCCAACGGUCUCGAGACACUGCGACCUGUCCGUCGACUUGACGCAGGUGGAUCGGCUAAGAUCAGCCAGCAGUACAUUGGCAGCUUGCGCAGUGACUCAGCCCUGUCAGGCCUAGACAAGACAGCCGAUGGCUCUCCGCAGCGUCAGCUGCGCCACUCUCGCUCUGCACUUACCAGCUCGAGCAGUACGGCCAAAGCACACGCCACUGCUGGCGAAAACCUGGUGCGCGAUGUCAUCUUGCCCGUCAUGGACCGUGCUAAAGAGAAAGAUCUUGACGCAGCAGAAGUAGAAGCGCUCGACAUGAUCUCUAGAGGCUUCGAGGAUCUAGCUUUGCUCAACUCGCCUCUGGCCUACUCAACCAUCGUUGACCUGUUGCUGAGCAUGAACGACAACGAACAGGCACGCGACAAUCUUUCCACCACUUUCAGACAGAGGUUGAUAGGACCUCAGAUUGCCAAGUUGCAACAACCUUCUGCGGAUGAAGCGCCAAGGUCGCCCAUUGCUGAUCUGCUGUACGGUCGGUGGUUGGAGGGCUUGCGCACGAGGUGGAUGGGUUACUAG